AUGGCGCAAAACCUCGUCUCUCACAAGACGGCCAAGUUUGCCCAGACUCUCUUGAACGAUACCUCGUCCGCAUACCUAGCCAACGUAGCAACCUGGGCCGACAGCUACCGCUAUGAGGCUGGAGGACAGUUCAGUUCCGUCUAUCACUACAUUGAUGCUCUCGACAACCCGCCUGAAAGCUGCAACAUCGACUUCGAGCGAGACUGUCCCGAAGAAGGCUGCAUUGUUUCUGCUAUUGCCAACUACUCCAGCCGCGCUUUCCAGAAGUCGGUCGGCAUCGUCGAGCAGCAGAAGGCACUCAAAUGGGUCGUUCACUUCGUUGGUGACAUUCACCAGCCCCUACAUGUAGAGAACAUCGCCGUGGGUGGCAACCUCAUCAACGUCACCUUCAACGGCGCGCGCACAAAUCUCCACUCCAUCUGGGACACAGCGAUUCCGCAAAAGGCAUACGGCAACUUCUCUCAGGCCAAUGCACUGGCUCUGGCCAACAAUCUCACCGCGGAAGUAAAGCAUGGCAAGUUCAAGAAAGAGAGCAAGACGUGGCUCAAGGGCUUGAAGGCGAAAGAUGCAGUAAGCAGCUCCAUGACCUGGGCGCGCGACUCCAACAAAUUCGUUUGCUCUACUGUCAUACCCGAUGGUCCUGAUGCAGUUUUCGCGCAAGAGCUAUCCGGAGCGUACUGGGAUACGGCAAUUCCAGUCGUCACCAAGCAACUUGCAAAGGCAGGAUACAGGCUUGCUGCUUGGCUCGAUGCGCUUGUUGAGCUCAAUGAGAAGAAGGGUCAUGGACAGUGGACACGGGAAGAGAAAAGGACUGUAAAACUACAGCCAUGGCAGGAAGAAGCGAGACAGGCCCGACGUGACUUUGGGCCCGACUGUGGAUGCGGUGAAGAGCAUGCGCACUGA